AUGGAGGUGGUGUGUGCUGUCAUUGCUGGCCUUCUACACUAUCUCUUCCUGGCCUGCUUCAGCUGGAUGUUACUAGAGGGGCUGCACCUCUUCCUCACCGUCAGGAACCUGAAGGUCGUGAAUUACACCAGUGCCAGCCAGUUCAAGAAGAGAUUCAUGUACCCGUUUGGCUAUGGAUUCCCAGCCCUGGUGGUGGCUAUUUCUGCAGCGGUGAAUCCUGGUGGCUACGGAACUUCCAAACACUGCUGGCUCACAAUAGAGGGAGGCUUCAUCUGGAGUUUCCUUGGACCGGUCUGCCUUAUUAUUGUGAUGAAUUUAACAUUUUUAUCACAACCCUCUGGAUCCUGAGAGACAAAAUCUCCUCCCUCAAUGCAGAUGUCUCCAC